UUUGAAUUGGCGCGCUAGCGCAACUGUGAGCCGGCAAAAUCGUGCAUAUAAAUAGAGCAGCGAUUUGCUGGUAAAAGACAUUCACAAAACAACCAGCAUUCCGCUAAGAGCAAACCAAACGCAAACAACUAACUAACAAAAUGUUCAAGCUUUUCGUUGUCCUUUUCGCUGCCCUCUUCGCCUUCGCUGCCGCCGGUCCAUCACCCGUUGCACGUCCAGCACCACUGCCAGUGGCCAGCCCUCAUCCAGCUCCAGCACCAGCACCAGUACCAGCACCACAAUUCUACUAUAGCGGCUAUGCCUCACCCUACUCGUACGCCUACUCUGGUUACCCAUACUACGGUUAAAGGGAGCAUGGAAGUGCUUAGUUCACCAGUCCUUGUGUGUAUGUGUGGUGUGGUGUGGAGUGAAUGCGUACAACUACAACUACAACUAUGUACUAUGUAAGUGAGCGUAAGUGAGCUGUGGGAUUAGCGAAAUUCAUACGGAAAUUAUAGAAAGGAUUAUACGAGUAAUCGUACUGAUACUGAGGCGUUCAAGCGGCGGCUCAGCUCGGCUCGCCUCGAUGCAGUUGCAUUUUCCCCACUAGAGUUACAAUAUACUCGUUUGCUAUUAUUAAUUCACUUAGAGCAAAGCUUCCACACACACGUUGGCGGAUGGACUAUAGGACUAAUUGCUCAAUUGUUAAUGGACCAGGGAUAAUGGAUUUUGGAUAAUGCACUUUGGCAAAUUUUAAUUAGUUUUAGUCUUGAUUUAAGUUUUGCUGUUGUUUGUUUGUUAUUUGAAGACUCAAUACCUCUCAUGACAACAAAUAUGUCCUUAUAUGAAAUUGUUAAAGAAAAAAUUUGAAUACAAAAAAUAUUGCAAACAUA